GGCAGAGAAACACGACUCAGGAGCGACUCAGGGCUCUCGGAUCUGGGGACAGAAGUGAGAUCGGAGAAAGUAGAGCGAUGCCAAGGAGGAAACAGCAAGCACCCAAACGGGCUGCAGGUUAUGUCCAAGAGGAAGAUUUAAAGGAAGAGGAAGAUAUAAAGGAGGAAGAAGAUGAUGACGACAACAACUCAACUGCUCAGCUCCAGGGCAGCAAUGACACUGGCACGGAUGAGGAACAUGAAGUGGGUCCUGAGCAGAAAGGGAACUUUAGUUACCAGAAUUCCCCUGUCAGCCACAUAUCUAACCAGGAUGCAGAAAAUGAAUCACUACUAAGUGAUGGUAGUGACCAUGUGGCAGAUAUUAAAAGCAUUUGCUCUAGAGAGCCACAGGACCCAAAAAACAGUGCCCAUCCCAAAGCCCAGAAUGAAGCACAUGAUUGCAUGGAUAAAAUGACAGCAGUCUAUGCCAACAUACUGUCAGACUCUUAUUGGACAGGCUUGGGGCUGGGUUUCAAAUUGUCCAACUCUGAAAAGAGGAGUUGUGACAACAGAAAUGGAGGGAACAAAGCUGAUUUUGAUUGGCACCAAGAUGCACUGUCAAAAAGCUUACAGCAGAAUUUACCUUCCAGACCUGUCUCAAAACCCAACCUGUUCAGCUCAGUCCAGCUCUACAGGCAGAGCAGCAAAAUGUGUGGAACUGUAUUCACAGGCGCCAGCCGGUUUCGGUGCCGGCAGUGCAGUGCUGCCUAUGACACACUGGUAGAACUAACGGUUCAUAUGAAUGAGACAGGUCACUACCAAGAUGACAACCAUAAAAAGGACAAGCACAGACCUACCAGCUAUUCAAAGCCCCGAAAAAGGGCUUUCCAGGACAUGGACAAGGAAGAUGCACAAAAAGUUCUGAAAUGUAUGUUCUGUGGUGAUUCUUUUGAUUCCCUGCAAGAUCUGAGUGUUCAUAUGAUAAAAACAAAACAUUACCAAAAAGUGCCUUUGAAGGAGCCAGUACCAACUAUUUCUUCAAAAAUUGUCACUCCAGCAAAGAAACGUGUGUUCGAUGUUAACAGACCUUGUUCUCCCGAUUCCACGACAGGGUCUUUCUCAGAUACUUUUUCUCCUCAGAAGAAUGCGAACCUGCAGUUAUCAUCUAACAACCGCUACGGCUACCAGAAUGGCGCCAGCUACACGUGGCAGUUUGAGGCCUGCAAAUCCCAGAUUUUGAAGUGUAUGGAAUGCGGAAGUUCCCAUGAUACCUUGCAGCAGCUCACAACUCACAUGAUGGUUACUGGUCAUUUCUUGAAAGUCACAAGUUCAGCUUCAAAGAAAGGAAAGCAACUUGUUCUGGAUCCUUUAGCUGUGGAAAAAAUGCAAUCACUGUCUGAAGCACCAGCCAAUGAAAGCCCGGUUUCAAAAUCAAGCAGUAAAUCAUCUGCAGAAUGCGUAGCUCCCACCUCUGAACUAAAAAAAGAAAGUAAAAAAGAUAAAGCUGAUGAUGCAAAUAAAGAUGAGAAAGCAGUAAAAACUGAAGAGUAUGAAGACACUCUUCAGAAACCACUGGAUCCCACAAUGAAAUACCAGUACCUCAGAGAAGAAGAUUUAGAAGAUGGUUCAAAGGGUGGUGGGGACAUUCUGAAGUCCUUGGAGAACACUGUCACAACAGCCAUCAAUAAAGCUCAAAAUGGAGCGCCCAGCUGGAGUGCAUAUCCCAGCAUCCAUGCAGCUUAUCAGCUCUCAGAAGGAGCUAAGCCAUCUUUGCCUGUGGGUUCACAAGUACUGCAAAUCAGGCCAACAAUCACCAACAAAUUGAGGCCAAUAGCUCCAAAGUGGAAGGUCAUGCCUCUGGUCCCUAUCUCAACGAAUAUGACCCAGUGCACCCAAGUGAAGAAGGAAACUGAUGACAAGGAGGAGGUACCAAAAGACUAUGCUAAAGAGGUUAUCCAAGCUGAGCCUGCCUCACUCAGCCAGAGUGAGAGAGAACCUCUUCUCAAAUCUGAAGCCUCUGUGGAGCCAAAAAAGACAGAACCAUGUCCCUUGAAAGAAGAAGACAAAAUUAAAGAGGACAGUGGAAAAGAAAAAACAGUUCUCAAGGAACCAACAGCAGCUUCUCUUAGUAAUGGUUGUGGUGCUGCCAACCAUUCAUCUGAACUUCCUUGUGUCAACCCUCUCAGUGCGCUGCAGUCAGUACUGAACAAUCACUUGGGCAAAGCCACUGAGCCUUUACGGCCUCAAUCCAACUCCAGCCCCAGCUCUAGCACAAUUUCUAUGUUCCACAAACCUAAUCUAAAUAUGAUGGAGAAGCCAGUUUUAUCUCCUGCUCCAACCCCACCAAAGGCUGCAAGUGUCUCCAGGCAUUACUUGUUUGAAAACAAUGAUCAGCCUAUUGACCUGACCAAAUCCAAAGGCAAGAAAGCUGAGUCGGCUCAAGCACAAUCUUGUACUUCUCCACCUCAAAAACAUGCUCUGUCUGACAUCGCUGACAUGGUCAAAGUUCUUCCCAAAGCUACUACACCAAAACCUGCUGCAUCUUCAAGGAUCCCAUCUAUGAAAUUGGAAAUAGAUGUCCGACGCUUUGAGGAUGUCUCAACAGAAGUCUCCACUCUGCAUAAAAGGAAGGGCAGACAGUCAAACUGGAACCCUCAGCAUCUUCUCAUUUUGCAAGCUCAGUUUGCUUCCAGCCUCUUCCAGACAUCUGAAGGUAAAUAUUUAUUAUCAGAUCUAGGCCCACAAGAGCGCAUGCAGAUUUCAAAAUUUACUGGACUGUCAAUGACCACAAUCAGCCAUUGGUUGGCAAACGUCAAGUAUCAACUUAGGAAAACCGGAGGAACAAAGUUUUUGAAAAACAUGGACAAAGGACAUCCAGUCUUUUAUUGCAGCGACUGUGCAUCUCAGUUUCGAACCCCAUCUACUUAUAUUAGCCACUUAGAAUCUCAUCUAGGGUUCCAAAUGAAAGACAUGAACAGGCUGGCUGUGGAGCAGCAAACUAAGGUAGAGCAAGAAAUCUCCAGAGUUUCAGUUCAAAGAUCUCCUGAAACAAUAGCUGGAGAAGAGGACACAGACUCUAAGUUCAAAUGUAAGUUGUGCUGUCGGACAUUUGCAAGCAAACAUGCAGUAAAACUUCAUCUAAGCAAAACACACAGCAAGUCACCAGAACACCAUUCACAAUUUGUAGCAGAAGUGGAUGAAGAAUAACU